AUGGAGAGACUCAAAUCAUUCAGGUACGUUUCCCAAGUCUUGACAAUCUACUUAGUUGUAGGUACUUGUUCAGGAAAAAGUGUUCCAGCAAUUUUCGUUUUUGGAGAUUCGUUGGCUGAUGCAGGAAACAACUUCUAUAUUAAAACAAUAGCAAAGCCAGUUAGUCCGAAUGGGAUUGAUUUUGGUACUACAGGUCCAUCAGGACGUUAUACGAAUAAUAGAACAUUUUUUGACUUGAUAGGAGAAGAAUUGGGUUUUGAAAACUUGACUCCUCCUUACAUGGCUCCAACAACAGUUGGAGACAUGAUUCUAAAGGGUGUUAAUUAUGCUUCUUCUGGAGCAGGACUAUUAAAUGAAACCGGAGCGUUCUUUGGUGAUCUUAUCAAUUUCGAUAUGCAAAUCUCUUACUUCGAAAAAACUAGGCAAGAUAUUAUAUCCAGAAUCGGUGAACAAGCAGCUAAAAGUCUUCUUACACAAUCUCUAUACUUUCUUGCGAUUGGCUUAAAUGAUAUACUGAAUUUCAAGGCUAACACUUUAGGAAAGAACUUGUCUCCAGAUGCUUACACCGACAAUGUCAUUUCAAGAUUCAGAUUUCAGCUCACACUCUGA